AUGAAAGUCUACACGGUGACUUUCAUUGCGAGCUCUCUUAGCGGCAUUGUGUUAAUAUGCUGCCUUUUGUCCAUCGGCCAAAUCUACAACAAUGUUCAAGAAUUUUGGCGUGAGCUGGAUGAAGAAAUGAGCACUAUUCGAACUCAAACUGAUGAAAUGUGGCGCGACCUUGUGCACAUCGGCGCUACUCGCCGACGACGUGAUACCUACAAUCAAGGUGGCUCAAGUUCAUACGUCGCUCCUAGUGUCCUUCCCAGCGCUCCUGCACACGCCUUCGCCAUGCCCCCUUCGGGUCCUGCGCCCACCUCCGCUGGAUGCAUGUGUAAGAGUGGAGCUGAUAACAAGUGUCCUCAUGGACCUGUCGGAGCAAAAGGUCUUCCCGGACUUCCCGGUCCUAACGGUAUUCCUGGAAUUGAUGGCAAACCAGGAGUAGACGCUCUUGACGUUAGUCCGGAACCUCAAGAUACAGGAGUUUGCUACCACUGCCCACAAGGACCCCCUGGUGCUCCUGGACCUAUUGGUCGCCCUGGACAACGAGGAAUGAAGGGAGUAGACGGAGCACCUGGCCGGCAAGGACAUGACGGAAAUCCAGGUCGCCCUGGAGAAAUGGGAGCCCCUGGUCCACAAGGACGUCCUGGUCCUGAUGGUCGCCCUGGAGAAAAAGGAGCUGACGGACGCAAACCCAUUGGCCGUCCUGGACCCAAAGGUCAACGAGGUCCUCAGGGAGACAGCGGAGCCCAAGGCAAUCCAGGCCAAAAUGCACCACCAGGCCCUCCUGGACCAGCUGGACCAGUCGGAGCACUCGGACCUCAGGGACCGACAGGAAUUGGCGGACCACCCGGAUUCGAGGGAGGACCUGGAAGGCCAGGUCGCGAUGCAGAGUACUGCCAUUGUCCAGCUAGAGGCUUCCAUGGAGCAGGUGGAGGCGGUAAGGACUCUUACAACAAGGUCAAAGUAUAA